AUGGUCAAGGAAAUAGUUCGAGAAGAAUUUGGAUGCAUUAAACAAGAACUAGAAGACUUGAGAGAAAUGAUGCAAGGAGGAGUGUGUGAACCAGCAGGAGGAACUCAGAAAAGUUAUACUGAAGCAAUUAAGGAGAAGAAAAAAGAAAAUAUUAUAAUUGUCAAACCCAAGGUACAACAGGAGAGUGAAGCAACAAAAAAAACUGAUAAAAGAAAAGAUUUUGACGGUGACGAUCUAGUAGCGCAAGCAGCUUUUUUUUUUACCGGCGGUUUUGAAACCUCUUCUACGGCUAUGACUUUUACUUUAUAUGAACUCGCGAUGCAACCAGAGAUUCAAAAUAAACUUAGGAAAGAAAUUCUUGACGCUCUCAACAAAGCUAAUGACAGUAUCACAUAUGACAUGGUAAUGUCGCUACCAUAUCUGGAUAUGGUGGUGUCCGAAACAUUGAGGUUAUAUCCGACAUUACCCUUCUUGGAGUGCAUAACAACAGAGACCUACAAGAUGCCGAAUUCCGAUCUGGUUCUCGAAAAAGGUACGCCGAUUUAUAUAUCGAUGCUCGGCAUGCAUUACGAUUCGGAAUACUUUCCCAAUCCGAAGAAAUACAAUCCAGAACGAUUCAGCGAAGAGAACAAACGUAAUAUAUCGUCAGGCGCCUAUUUCCCAUUUGGCGAAGGCCCGCGCCAAUGCAUAGGUACUCGUUUGGGAUUAUUGCAAACAAAACUUGGGAUUAUUAAAAUUUUGAGCAAAUACGAAGUGACGCCAUGCGAAAGGACUUUGAUACCAAUGGUAAUUGAUCCAAAAGCUCCUACGACAACACCAUUAAGUGGCGGUCUGUACCUGAACAUCCAGAAAAUUAAUAACGCUAAUUAAAAUUUGAUGAGAGUUAUUACUUUCAAGCUACAAGAUGUACACGAUUCGACUAAUGCUCAGUAAAAUUUUCUUUAAUAGGAGAACGCGAUUCGAUGAACGCGUUAAUUUAUAAGACUUAAGAUUAUCAGAAUAUAUUUAUUAGAAAAUAUAAAACUAUAUUUAAAAAUAUAAAAGAUGUAAAUGAUAUUUAACACUAAGCCCUCAUCAUCAUGAUUCUUUAAUCAUUAAAAUAUAUUCCUUUAAAAAAGA